CCUCAAUCACUGACCAUGCUCAAUUCAUUCCUGCAUCGCCCGCCGCAGCUUUCUAAAUGCGCAGCACGCUUUCGGACGCGUUUAACAUCUAUCAAAACCCACGCGCGUUGGAAUACAGUGGAUGCCAGCAAUUACCAGCCGCGACGGGAGUCCUGGAUCACACCAACGAUGCUUCUCAUCGGCUUCAUGCCAAUCUUCACUUUCGGCCUGGGAACCUGGCAGGUCCAGCGGCUGCAAUGGAAAGUUGCGCUCAUUGACGAAUUGGAGGAGAAACUACAACUGCAAGCCUUGGCACUUCCCCAGCGAAUAAAUCUUUCCGUCAUCCCAGAGUUCGUAUACCGCAAAGUCUUUCUGAAGGGGAAAUGGGAUCACGCUCACUCCAUCCUCGUGGCUCCACGAACACGCGAAGGAGUCAACGGUGCUAAUGUCCUCACACCCCUGGUUCGCGAAAACGGCACGACUGUCAUUGUGGACCGAGGAUUUGUUGCCAAGGAUAUUGACCUCAAGUCUAUUCCGGAAGAGACCGGCGAGGUUGAAGUGGUGGGAUUGCUGAGGCUGUCUGAAGUCCGCAAUUCCUUCACUCCAGACAAUCAUCCGGAACAAGGCGAAUGGUUCUGGAAAGACGUAGACGCUAUCGCAGAAUAUGCUGGUGGUGCUGAGGCCAAUGUCCAGCCUGUGAUGGUCGAGCAGAUAUUUGAUGGCCACGAAGGCGAAGCUGGUAGCCGAAUAGCGCAAGGAAUACCUGUUGGACGGAGAGCACGGGUGGACUUGCGGAACUCUCAUCUUUCCUACGUCAUCACUUGGUACUCGCUGUCUGCUCUUACUGCCUUCAUGUUUGUGCGCGUGAUGCUAAACAAAAAGAAGAUUCGGGGUCGCGCUAUGCCUCGAUAAGAGUCGGCCAGUACUACAUACUGCAAUCUCUAUUGCUUACCGUUCAAUUGAUAAGAUAAGAUAAUCCUCACGUAUAGAAGCGAUCUCAGAAAUAGAGAGCUGCGAAUAUCAUUAUAUGAUAGCAUAUGUAUGUUGUAUACAUAUGACCCUGCGCAGCUGACUGCUGGGGGCAGACUCGGGGGAAAUCAAUCUUGGGAUCAUAUGGGGACAAUCUACAUCUCCGGUUGGGGGCAUGCCACUUGGGAGGGGAUGCCUUUUCGGUGGAUUGUCUACGGUAGAUCAGACGAAGCAGUAGGCAGACGAUGAUCCAGCUCAAGGCCGGCCAUGAGCCGAUCUGAACGGAGACGCCGGCGAUGGACAAAGCACUUCCCACGAGGCAAAAUUUCCAUUGUGACCCAAUCCGGACGCAGAUGCAUUGUCGCAUCAAACCAUGGACCCGACCAGAUAUAUAGCGUGGUCCAUACAAGCAAGAAAACUCAGUGCUCGCCGUCCGUCAAACACCAAGCAAUGCAGUAUGCCACAUCGCCCCCGACGCAACACUCUGGAGCCCAUCGGGCGCCCUCAGCAAGUGAUGCAACUCAUUCGGGCCGAGCAGCAGCAGCAACUCGGCUACGAGUUCAUGGACGAUCGUACCAACUUUCAACGUGCCCAGAGAGCAGCAGGUGAGCAGCAAGCCUGCCGUUCUCGGUCUUGACACGACAAGGUAUUGAUGGAUCGACGCAGAAGAACGCAUUCAUCACGAUAAUGAGCGCGCGAUCUGGGCCCAGCGGCGGGACAAUGCGCGCAAGGCCACGCGUGCCUACCAGGCAGCACAGCAGUUGGGACCGAACCUGCCACGGGCAGAUGGUGGCAUCGCGCCUAGUGCCGUGUAUGUAUUUCCCCGUUCUCGCAAGAUGCCGGAUGAUGUUCGUGCCAAGGAGAAAAGCCGUCUACAAGCGUUCUGCUUUCCCAGAUCCAAGCUCAAGACACCGGUGCUUCAGUCAGGUCUCUGUCAUCAGCCAAAGAUUCUGCCGAAACCGCCUCAGCAAGUGCGCUUCGCUUUCGAGCACAAAUCCCAGAAUCUUCCUCCGCCCACCAUUGCCCAAUGCUCUCCUUCCAAACGACUUGCACCCAUUCCUCCAUUCAACCCAUACGUGCGCCCACGUUCAGAGUCCAUGUCUUCUCUAAUUGAGAACGAGAUUCCGCGUGAAACGAAGGGGCGGAAGCGGAAUGCGUCGGUGUCUGCUUUGUUUGCGCGUAUCAAUCGAGAGGCAGAGAAUUAUCGAUUCAAAGCAGGCAAUGGAGCGCGAGUUUGAGAGGGAGGGGCGAUAAUAACGGUCCGCGAUCUGAUAGUGUAAUCUCCUAGGUGAUGGGGUUCCCGGAUAGUUUCUAGCAUAGUUUAUGGUCGUGGCAGUGAAAGGAAACAUGUAAACGCCGCCAUCACUGCAUCAGCAAUCGUUUCUUGUGUUGCACUUGCAUGGCCGACCCAGAGCCGCCGCCUUUGCAUGCACCCUCCGGUCGCAAACCAGUUCGCUUCCCCGAGGCGGGAAGCUCUCAACUCCAGAAACCGUUGCAGACAUCUCCUGCAAGACGACACUCCUCCCUCGCACCAACAUCCAACAUAUCACAUGCCGCCUCCACUUCUUCUGGACGACGACGAGUCGUUUCAGUCCAUCCGCCCGGGUCAACUCCCAAAUACCAGAGAUCGAAGAGGUCUAUUAGCAACAGCUUCGUUCCCUCGCAGUCUUCGCUCCGCGAAGGGUCACCAUCAUUGGUAGAAGACUCGGGAAUCAGUCUCUUCUCUGACGAGUAUGACCUCGCACCAAGGUCCGCAUUGGCUACGAAGCAUCCUUGCAUGAGGUUGACCAAAUGUCCCGCAGAUCCCAGGAUCCUGCAAGACGUCCAACGAGCUUUGAAACUCAAGGCCCGCAGAGAAGCGCGUCUGAAGUCUUCCGGCUCGCUUGCGACAUCUCACAAGACCGAUGCCGUCUUACCUGCCGUCUCAGGCAAGCCGAACUCCCCCACUAGAACUGCGUUCUCCGCCACUGUAUUCCCGUCGCCGCCUGCUGCAACGAACGGCUCUCGUGAACCCCCAACACACACAAGUGCCUCGAGCGUGCCCAAAGUGUUGAGUCUUCUACACCCUGUCCCUGCCUCGCUGGACGAGGGUACGACGCUCGACUGGACUGGAGUUGGAUCGGACGACGGGCCGUCGGAGCGGCGUUGGACCUUGUCGAUAACAAAGCAGCGGAAGGAGAAGGAUAAACUUCCUUCAAGCAGUAUUGUUGAAACGAAGGAAACCAUGUAUGCAGCCAAACUCGAUCAGAUUCAUUCAAAGCUAUCACAGAGGGCUACCGAAAAGGCUGCUGUUGUUGCGGAACAGUUGGAGCGGCGGUAUCAUCUGCUAUAUAACUCCCUCGACAGUGGACCUUUGAAUCCGUGUAAAGUGCUGCAAUGGUUGGAUGAGCAGGAAGACGCUGUCAAAUCAAACUUGGAGCAGGCAGAACUAGCUUUGCGAGUUGAGCCACGCAAGAACAAGAAGCGCUCUAGGUGGGAACUAUCUGCUUUCGUUGUUGAAGAAUAUGCUCUGGAACGCCGUGGGAUGGCCCGGGCGCCUUCGACUAGUGAUCCUUUGACAUCUAUCACCUCGUCUCCAAAUAUCCCCUUACCAUCCCCGAUUGCGUACUCUUCUCCACAGGGUUCAUCUUAUUUCAAUCUCAGCCCUGCUCUGUCACGGCAGAUGUCUGCAGAAGGGAAUCCCUUGGAGCAACAGGUCGGAUCAGGCCGGCGGUCUUUCGAGUCGCGCAGGAGUGGCGAAUCAGGAUACAGCAGCAUGUUCAGUGGAUCGUCUCUUCCAGUUGCUGUGCCCUAUUCUAUCACUCCAGCACUUCAUCGCCGAGUGGACAGUGAUAAUGCCUCAUCCAAUGACGAGCACUCAGACAGUGAAGCGCGGCCUAAACGACCUAUCCUUGCUCCAGUCCCUCGCAGUUCGACCUUGAAAGCGGUACCUCGCAAUCUUCUAUCCGAUCUCAAGCCCUCUUUGUCUCCUAUUCCGGAUGACCAGCGAUUAACAUCGCCCUCUGUCGACAGACUGACCGUAGAGAUGCCGCAGACGGCCAGAAACGUCUCAUUCGGUCGCAGCAGCAGCAGAGUUCGCAUAGCCAUACCAUCCAUGGAAGACGUCCGGGAACAACAAGAGAGCCGUCGACAGCAAGAAAUGGACGAAGAGGAAGCGAUUCGUGAUUACGAACGCAAACGCAGGUUACUUGAAGUCGUCACUUUACAGAACGGCCGCGUGAGAAACAUGCUGAAUCACAUCGCUACCAGCAUUCGCGAUCAUGAGGCAGCUCAAUCAGUACUCUCAAGUAAACUGAAUCUUCCGCACAAAGGUCUCUCGCGAGAUCUGAUGGAUGCAUUCGGUCACGACCCUUCGACGGUAGUCGGCAAUACCCGUUCCUCAAAGGGGUGGCGCGCUGUCGAGGAAAUCCAUUCUCGGCUGGCGCAGCAACGCGAAACGUUCCGGCACUUUCAUGCGCAUAUUUCGAACCGCGAGAUCGAUUCGGGUCCAGAGAGUGUGCUAGAGGACAAGAUAUCUUCGCUGUCGCAAGCCCUAGAACAACUCGAAGUGGAGCGACACAAGUUCUCAACGAAAGCCCUGGCUGCAGCUGCUCUGCUACAGAAGACUCAGACACUGCAAACAAAGGUCAAGAGCGAGUAUCACUCGACCCAAUCCCAUACCUCGGCGGGGUACCCUGAGGCAAGUAUCUCCGCAAUCAUAAAUCUGGAAGAGAGUUACAAGGAUCAGUAUCAGGUAUUCUGGGAAUGGGCGAUGGACCUUGCCACCAUCGUCCUCGACGUCGUUGCACCCUUCUGGAGGAACUACGGCAGGGCGAUUGUCGACGACGUCCAGCAUUUUCUCAUCAUCCCUCUCUACCGUAACGAGUUCACGGGUGAAACCAAGCGAUACGCUAUCAAACACUUUCCGCGCCGAUCCCUCCGCCAUUGGGUCUGUCUCUUCCUGCUCUUCCUGGGGACGGUCACGGUUUUCUUAUUGAACCUACGGUUCGCGCUGUAUUGGUCUUCGAACUUCCGACUGGUUGGUGUGCCCAUGCGCACGCUUGUGAUCCUGCCCUACUGGAGCUUUCUUCUCUUCCACUGGUCCGCUGUCUCAUCGGAGCUCGCGAUCGUAUUGACUCAGCUGGCUGUCGUUCUUUGGUGGCUCGGUUGGUCCAUUAAUAUCUUCACAUGAGCAUUAUCUACACAUCGGAAUAUCACAAUAAUUGUACACUAGAGCAUUUACAGUAUCAGAUAAUACUAUGAGCCAGGAGGCUCGGGCAUGGUAACAGACA